UGAGGCAACGCUCUUCCGCGGUGCUUGUUUGGGCUGUGACUUGUUUUGUGUUCCCGUCCCCAUGAUGGGUUGUCCCCAUCACAGCAGGAAGGUAUAAAACAGACAAGGCAGGUGUGGAUUGUGUCUAUACUUUGGAAGAUCAUCCUGCAAAUUGACCUGAGAGAAGUAAUCCUGUGAGUCUGUAAACGCUCAGGUGAGAAUGACAUCCUUUGCCAACCGGGUUGCUUGUCAGCAGAAUCGAGCAAAAGGCGUCGGCACCAUUGAGAACGCCGUGAAGUUUUGUCAGCAGGAUUUUGAGACUCUUCGACAGCAGUGUCUGAGCAAGGGUCGCCUGUUUGAGGAUGACUGCUUUCCAGCUCAUAGCAGGUCUCUGGGCUACAAAGAUCUGGGACCAUACUCAUGCAAGACCAGCGGAAUUGUCUGGAAGAGACCCACUGAGCUUUGUUCCAACCCACAGUUCAUCGAUGAUGGAGCCACCAGGACCGACAUCUGUCAAGGAAGUCUUGGUGACUGCUGGCUGCUGGCCGCCAUAGCCUCUCUGACUCUGGAUCAGCAGAUCCUGGCUCAAGUGGUUCCUGCCGGACAGAGUUUCACUCAAGAUUAUGCUGGAAUAUUUCACUUCCAGUUCUGGCAGUAUGGCGAAUGGGUGGAUGUGGUCAUUGAUGACCGUUUACCCACCAGAGAUGGAAAGCUGCUGUUUGUUCACUCAGAGGAAGGCUCAGAGUUCUGGGGAGCUCUGCUGGAAAAGGCUUAUGCUAAAGUGAACGGCUGCUAUGAGGCCUUGUCAGGAGGAAACGCCAUAGAAGGGUUUGAGGACUUCACUGGCGGCAUCGCAGAGAUCUUCACCCUGAGCAAGGCUCCGCCUCAACUCUUCAAGAUCAUCCAGAAGGCUCUACGUCUGGGUUCACUGAUUGGCUGCUCCAUUGCUGUCACCAGUUCCAGCAAGACAGAAUCCAUCACAACUCUAAAGCUUGUGAAGGGACAUACGUACAGCCUAACUGCAGCAGAAGAGGUAAACGUUCGUGGGCAGCAGGUUCAGCUCGUCCGCAUCAGGAACCCAUGGGGUAAAGUGGAGUGGACCGGGCCUUGGAGUGAUGGAUCCUGUGAGUGGAGCUACAUCAGCCAAGAUGAGAAGUCAAAGCUUAACAAAGUGGCUGAAGAUGGAGAGUUCUGGAUAUCGUAUUCAGACUUCAUUGGGAAUUUCUCCAGGCUGGAAAUCUGUAACCUGACCCCAGACUUGCUCACAGAUAACACAAAGAGCUGCUGGAACCACUACCAGUUUGAGGGGAGAUGGAGGGUCGGCUCCACUGCCGGCGGCUGCAUCAACCACUCAGCCACGUUUCCAUCCAACCCUCAGUUCUUGGUACAUCUGGAGGACGUGGAUGAUGAUCCUCUGGAUGAUAAGGACGGGUGCACCUUCCUGGUGGGACUGAUGCAAAAGGACGGUCGUCGAAAGAGGAUGCUUAACCAAGAUCUGGAGACCAUUGGCUUUGCCAUCUACAAGGUUCCAGAUGAGUACAAAGGCUGCAGCAACGUUCGCCUUGGCCCAGACGUCCUGCUGCGUCAGAGGCCCGUGGCCAUGAGCAGCACCUUCAUCAACACACGGGAAGUGUGUGGUCGCUUCACACUCCCUCCUGGAGAUUACGCCAUAAUCCCAUCCACCUUCAUGCCUCACAAGAACGGCUCUUUUAUUCUCAGGGUGUUCUCUGAGAAGAAGGCUGAUGCCAGCCGACUUGAUUUGAAAAUGGAUGCUGAAAUAAAGGAGGAGCAAAUCUCUGAAAAGGAUGUAGAUCCUUAUUUCAAGGAAAUCUUCAAGAAGAUUGCUGGCAGUGACAUGGAGGUUUCUACCUUUGAGCUGGAGAACGUUUUGAACGAGGCUGUUUCUAACCGGACUGACAUCAAGACAGACGGAUUCAGCCUUGAGACAUGUCGCCUUAUCAUCAGCCUGAUGGAUAAAGAUGAAAGUGCCAAGUUGGGCCUGAUGGAAUUCCACCUUCUGUGGAGCAAAAUCCAGAAAUAUUUGGAGAUCUUCAAGAGCCUCGACACAGACAACUCUGGCACCAUGAGCUCCCAUGAAAUGAGAAAUGCUGCAAUCAAAGCAGGUUUCCAGAUUGACAGCUCUGUUCUGCAGGCCAUCGUCAACCGCUACGCCGACGCUCAGUACGCCAUCGACUUUGACAGCUUCGUGAGCUGCCUGAUCAAACUGGAAAUGCUCUUCAAAAUGUUCAAAGCUCUGGACAGAGAUGGUUCAGGAAAGAUUGAGCUGAACAUGCAACAAUGGAUGUGCCUGGCCAUUUACUAACUCUCUGGAUGGCACAAGAAAAAGGACAACAGUGUCCUUAAAGUAAAGGUUUAACGGGUGAAAGUGUCUUAGAAUUUAGAGCUGGAUCACCUCUUCUAAUUUCAUUUUGAGCUCUCUUUUUCUCGCUUUUAUGUCUUUCAAAUAAACCUGUUUGAAAUAUC